GCCUAUAAACCCACACUCUUCUAUCCUCACAUGAAAUAACUUUGGCUAUAACUUUCAUUCAUUCAUGAAAUUAAUCCCCCGUUAGCCCAAAAAUAUCCAACAUGCCAAAGAACUUUCAAAAAUCCCUUCAAAAUUACCUCUCCAAAAUCAAAACCAAUCGCCCAAGACAGCUUCGUAUAUCCUCUAAGAAAUGGAUUGGUCUCAAAGGUUGCAAGCAUCCUAGAACUCCUUCUCUCUCUUUCGACAAGAAAAACAACGACAACAAGGACGAUGAAGCCACACUAGAAGACGUUGACCGUUUUCUCUUCGAGAAUUUCAAGUCUUUAUACCUCGAAGAUGACAAAGAAGCCGAUUGUAACAACAACACUAAAAGUGUUGUCUCAUCAGACGAAGAAGAAGAUGAUGAAGAAGAAGAGGAAACCCGUGAAGAAAAAUAUUCAAAACAAGGUCCCACCUUGUUCGAUUCAUCCAAUGAGACACCACUAGAUCUAUGUGGAUCUAACAGAUUCGUUUUGACACGUGGUUUCUCAGGCUCCACGACAACAACAACAAACACAUUUGAAGAAACAGGAUCGUGCUCAAACUCGUCAACACCAAAAACCUUCAAUGUUAAUUCAUUUUCAAAGGAGGAUCAAAUGAAUAUUCCUGAUAAUUGUGUUGUUGUGUUGGCGAGUUCGCCAAGUCCUUAUGAUGAUUUUCGAAGAUCCAUGCAAGAAACGGUGGAAGCAAGGUUGAGGAACAAUGAAAGUGUUGAUUGGGAUUUUAUGGAAGAGCUUUUGUUUUGUUAUAUGAACUUAAAUGAGAAGAAAUCUUAUAAGUUUAUACUAAGUGCUUUUUGUGACUUGAUCUCUAUCAUGAGGAAGAGUUCGGAGACUAAACCAGAGAAGCCGCGGAGCGUUCGGACUGUUAGGAUUGGGACUGAGGUAAGGAAGAAGAAGAUUAAAGAAUUAACUUUAGAGUUUGAAGGUUCAAGAUAAUGAAUCAAAUUUGACAGAUUAUCUUGUGUUAUUUUAUUUUAUUAUUUUAUUUUUUUUGAAGGAAGUCUUGUGUUAUUUUAUCUUUUGUAUGUCUUUUGGAUUUUUUUUUCACCCUAGUCUUGUGGCUUGCUAGUAAUAUGUACUAUGAUAUUUUUUAUGAUAUAUGAUCUAUUUUCAAUGUUGGAGAAAAUAAAUAAAUAAAUGUCAGA